UUUCGGCGGUCCAGUGCCGGUUCGCGCCGCAUUUCCGGUUCGCUCAAAUUUCUGGCGAGAGUGAGAGAGGGAAAAGCCCUAGGACCUGUGGUGAUUGAUCUGAUUGCGGAUUCUGGAUUGAGGUUAUGGUGUACUAGAUGAGUACCAUGGACGAUAGAGGAGGAGGCUCAUUCGUCGCCGUUCGGAGGAUUUCUCAAGGUCUCGACCGCGGCGGCAACACCUGCCAUUCAACUUCUGCGGAAGUUGUAGCAGGAUCAGCAGCAUGGCUCGGCCGAGGUCUUUCUUGUGUGUGUGCACAGAGAAGAGAGAGCGAUCCUCGUCCUUCCUUUGAUUUAACCCCUGUCCAGGAGGAAUGCUUGAUUAGACUCCAGAGCCGUAUAGAUGUUUCCUAUGACAGUUCAGUUCCUGAGCAUCAGGAAGCUUUGAGGGCCUUGUGGAGUGCUGCCUUUCCCGAAGAAGAACUUUGUGGUUUAAUAUCUGAGCAAUGGAAAGAAAUGGGUUGGCAAGGGAAAGAUCCAUCAACAGACUUUAGGGGUGGUGGUUUUAUUUCAUUGGAGAAUUUGUUGUUCUUUGCUAGGAGUUUCCCUAAAUCUUUCCAGGAUCUUCUGCGAAAGCAAGAAGGUGAUAGGUCAGUGUGGGAAUACCCAUUUGCGGUUGCUGGUGUGAAUAUCACAUUCAUGCUCAUUCAAAUGCUCGAUCUUGAAGCUGUCAAACCACGAACACUGGUGGGAGCUACUUUCUUGAAGUUUCUUGCAGAAAAUGAAUCAGCGUUCGAUCUUAUCUAUUGCAUCACAUUCAAGCUAAUGGACCAUCAGUGGCUUUCCAUGCGUGCAUCCUAUAUGGAUUUCAAUACAGUGAUGAAGGCCACACGCCGGCAGUUGGAAAAAGAACUUUUGCUUGAAGACGUAACACGGCUGGAAGACUUGCCCUCAUAUGGCCUUCUUUCCCGAUAGUGUAGAAGCUUGUCGUAGAGUCUAUGUAAUAGUCCAUCACAACUAGUUACAUGAUCAUCGGCAGCACUGUUAUUUCUAACCAGACGGUGUUUGUACAUGACAUGAUGCUCCCGAAAUUUUCUUGCAGCAAGUCAGCAUAUUGUCAAUGGUUCUUGGAAAGGGUUUUGGUUUUUAGUUUCUCGGUUAAGAGGCUGGAACAAGCGCGAUGUGAUUCAGGUUUGAAAUGCGGAGUAUAAAUCUCGUACAUCUGGGUUAAGACCGGAGCAUCCUUCUCAGUACUCCCAUGGCCACGGGAUGUUAAAUACAUAGGUAGAGGUAUGUUUGGUACCGCGUCUGGGAAUGUCGAAUGGGAUUCUGUUUGGAUUUUUAACGUUUGAUUGCUUUCUGGAAUAUUAUUGUUUGAUAACUGAUGAUGGUCAUCAGUUGCAGGGGGACUUGAAAGCCCCGUUUGAAGAUAAAGGUUUGUUGUCGUUCGGAAA